AGCUUCUUCGAAAAUUAAGAAAUCUGAACCAAAGGUACGGCCAGGUGGCGCACAAUACGUACAUAUAUAGCCGCUUUGCAGAGCGGUGGGUGCCAUUGUGCGCAGAAUGGCGAAGAUCACACUUGGGUGCGAACCAGUGGUGGGUUCGUUGACGCCGUCGAAGAAGAGAGAUUACAGAGUCACCAAUCGUCUUCAGGAGGGCAAACGUCCCAUAUACGCCGUCGCUUUCAACUUCAUCGACUCUCGUUACUUCAAUGUCUUCGCUACUGUCGGCGGCAAUCGAGUAACUGUUUACCAAUGUCUUGAAGGGGGCGUCAUUGCUGUCUUGCAGUCUUACAUUGAUGAAGAUAAGGAUGAGUCUUUUUACACUUUGAGUUGGGCAUGCAGUAUUGAUGGCAUCCCAUUCUUGGUGGCUGGAGGAAUCAAUGGUAUAAUUCGUAUCAUUGAUACUGGCAAUGAGAAGAUACACAAGAGUUUUGUUGGCCAUGGGGACUCGAUUAAUGAAAUCAGGACUCAGGCACUGAGACCAUCACUUGUGGUGUCUGCAAGCAAAGAUGAGUCAGUGCGGUUAUGGAAUGUUCACACGGGAAUAUGCAUUUUGAUAUUUUCUGGAGCUGGGGGUCAUCGCAAUGAAGUCUUGAGUGUGGACUUUCACCCUUCAGACAUAUAUCGCAUUGCGAGUUGUGGUAUGGACAACACCGUUAAGAUUUGGUCAAUGAAAGAAUUCUGGACGUAUGUGGAGAAAUCUUUCACAUGGACGGAUCUUCCAUCUAAAUUUCCGACAAAAUAUGUACAGUUUCCUGUAUUCAUAGCAUCCGUUCAUUCAAACUAUGUUGACUGUAAUAGGUGGCUGGGUGAUUUUAUCCUGUCCAAGAGUGUUGAUAAUGAAAUUGUGUUAUGGGAACCCAAAACCAAGGAACAGUCUCCUGGCGAGGGUUCCGUCGACAUUCUUCAGAAAUAUCCUGUACCAGAGUGUGAUAUUUGGUUUAUCAAAUUCUCCUGUGAUUUCCAUUAUAAUGCAGCGGCUAUAGGGAAUAGAGAAGGGAAGAUCUAUGUCUGGGAACUGCAGUCCAGCCCCCCUGUUCUCAUUGCAAGGUUGUCUCAUAUUCAAUCAAAAUCUCCAAUCAGGCAGACUGCCAUGUCCUUUGACGGAAGCACCAUUCUAAGCUGCUGUGAGGAUGGGACAAUCUGGCGAUGGGAUGCUGUUGCAACACCCUGAGCUAUUCGUAAGGGUCUCGUCACAGGGCUUCACCAGAUUCACUACCCAAGCAUGCUGUUUCAUUCUGAAAUAUAUGCUGGUUAAGUUUGUAGUCUCUAAGACUGUUGAAUACUAUUUUUUUUUUCUUUUGAUUAUAAACAUCAAAUGAGCUCUUAUUUAAUUCCAAAGCUCUGUUAGAUUAUGUGUGACUUGUAGUCAGCAUCUUGACUUGCUAAUUACUUGAGUCAAGCCUGCUAAAACUCUUUAAAUUCCAUGUUUGAAGGCUUGAAUA